AUGAAAGUGGGGGAUCCCAGGAAGUUUACCACUGACUGCGUUGAUCUGGAUCUGGGAAUGGAACAUAAGAGAAUUUCAGAUGGUAACAUAACCGCUUCUUCAGUUCAAAAUGCCAAUACACCAGCCAAGAAUGGUCGACUGAACUACACAUCAGGAUCAUCAUGGUGUGCGGGACCAAGUGACACUAACCCGUAUCUACAGAUUGGUUUACAGACACUCUAUAUCAUCUGUGCUGUUUCCACCCAAGGGAAUUCUCAAGCAGAUCAUUGGGUGAAAAACUACAUACUUCAAUUUUCCAAUGAUGGAACAACUUGGAUGUUCUACAGAGAAAAUGGACAAAUUAAGACCUUUCAGGGUAAUAGUGACAGAGCCUCAGAGGUGAAGCAUGUUCUUUAUGAAAGUGUUGAAGCACACUACCUGCGAAUCUUGCCAGGUGCAUACCAUGGUGCUGUGUGUAUGAGAAUAGAAGUGUUCGGUGUUAAGCGAAAACCAGUGAAUGUUGCCCUUGGGAAGGCCACCCUUCAGUCUUCAACAUUUAAUAAUACUGAUUUGGGUGUGGCAGGUGUGGCAGGUAAAGCAGUGGAUGGUAAUACUGACACUGGAUUCAGAAAUGGAAGCUGUACACAUACUCUGUCAAGCAAUCUAAGCUGGUGGAGAGUUGACCUGGGUUCAGAUAAGGUUCCAGUCUCUGACAUAUUCAUAGUCAACAGAUUUUCAACAUAUUGGGAUGUGAUGGCCAGAAGCAUAAAUUAUAACAUUACUUUGGGUAACAACCCAAUAGUAGUAAACAACACUCAGUGUAGAGGACUCUACAGUUUUGUUAACUUCAAAGCAUCAGCUGUUUGUUUUACCAACCCACUGAUUACUGGCAGAUAUGUAGGGAUAUCAAAAGUAAGGGGACAAGCUCUUCAACUCUGUGAGGUGGAAAUCUAUUUGCGAGAUAAUCUUGCUUUUGGAAAACAAACAAAUCAAAGUAGUGUAGAGUUUGGUGGUGUAAGUAGCAGGGCAGUUGAUGGUAUCAGUAACACAGACUAUUACGCUAACAGCUGUACCCACACUGACAAAGAACUCAACCCUUGGUGGAGAGUUGACUUGGGACAAGUUGAACCAGUCUCAGAAAUAUACCUAGUCAACCAAGAAAACCAGUGGUUUUACAGGCAGAAUAACUUUGAGAUCAGAGUGGGCAUAGUAUCUAAUAAUGGAGGAAUUACCAAUCCCAGGUGUGGUGAUAAUCAGAGUUAUAGUCUUCCAAGAGGAAAAGGUGUAUCCUUUUUCUGUCGUCCUGUAUUAUUUGGAAGAUAUGUGACGAUAAAAAGCUUAAGAACUGACUUUGAAUCCUUCUCGCUUUGUGAAGUUGAAGUUUAUUCUGAAAGGAGAGCUUGCCAAAUGCAGGCCAUAGGUGUGGCUAGCACUGACACACUUCCCGAUGCCACCUUCUCAGCAUCAACUGAAAGUACAAAUUUUGAAGCUUCUAGAGGUUGACUGAAUGCAUUAAAGCGAUGGUCACCCAGCAGCAAUCACAGACCUUAUGAUCAUCUGCAAAUUGAUCUGCAGUAUGAGUUUCUUAUUUGUGCUGUAGCUACUCAAGGGAGGUCAACUUUUGAUGACUGGACAACUGAGUACAAGUUACAGCUAUCCUUUGAUGGUUCCACUUUUGUGACUUACAAGGAAAACAAUGUUGACAAGACUUUCAGUGGCAAUUCUGGAAGACAUGACAUUGUCAAACACAAUCUCAGAGAUGUGAGGGCAAGGUUCAUUCGUUUCCAGCCUGUCAAGUUUUUUAGAAACAAAGCUUUGAGAGUAGAGGUGUAUGGAGUUCUUAUAUCUAGAGUCCCUUCACAAGCACCCAGUGAAUUGACUUUAUCUGCAACCUCUUCUGCAAGUAUUGCUGCAUCCUGGCGGUUACCUCCUGCAUAUUCCAGACAUGGAAUCAUUGUAGGGUUUAAAUUGUUCUAUAAAAAGAAAGGGUUCAGGUCAAUUCGUGUGGAAACAAUCAAUGGCGGAACAACCUUUUCUGUGGAAAUUAAUGGUCUGGAUAAUUACACAGAAUAUGAAUUUCAAGUGUUGGCUUUUACAUCUCAUGGUAAUGGACCAAAGAGUUCUAUUGUGGUGGAGAGAACAUUGAAAGAUGGGGUAUGUAUCGAUUUGGAUCUUGGUUUGGAAAAUGAGAGAAUUUCAGAUGGUAACAUAACCGCUUCUUCAGUACAAAAUGCCAGCACACCAGCCAAGAAUGGUCGACUGAACUACACAUCUGGAUCAUCAUGGUGUGCAGGAACAAGUGACACUAACCCAUAUCUACAGAUUGAUCUACAGACACUUCAUAUCAUCUGUGCUGUGUCUACUCAAGGGAAUUCUCAAGCAGAUCAGUGGGUGAAGACCUACAAGCUACAAUUUUCCAUAGAUGGGACAACUUGGACGGACUACAAGGAAGUUGGACAAGUUAAGUUCUUCAUGGGGAAUGAUGACAGAAACUCAGUGGUGAAGCAUGUUGUUUAUAGACUGCUGACAAGAUAUCUGCGUUUCUUGCCACAAACUCACCAGGGUGGGGUGUGUAUGAGAGCAGAGGUGUUUGGAGUGAAACAAAAGCCAGCAUGUCAUAGUCAGGCCAUUGGUGUGACCAGCAGUGAUUCAAUUCCAGACAACAGCAUCUCAGCCUCAGUACGUGCAAAUAGUAACCGCGAACCAUGGUUUGGUCGUCUGAAUAAAAUUAGCCGGGGUUGGGCACCAGGCCGUCUGAAUGAUCCUGACUACCUACAAAUUGAUCUGUUGUACGAUUAUGUUAUCUGUGCUAUAGCUACCCAAGGAGCUAAUGAUAUUAAUCAGUGGACAACAAAGUACAUAAUUCUGUUAUCAUUGAAUGAUACCACCUUUGACAUUUAUAAAGAAAACAACACUGAGAAGGUCUUUAAUGGAAACUCUGGUGGGAAGGAAAUAGUAAAACAUGGUCUGAAGGAGUAUGCUUUGGCGAGGUUUAUCCGUUUUGUGCCAACAGAAUAUCAUGGUCAUAAGACAUUAAGAGUGGAAGUUUAUGGAGUGCUUCUAUCAACAGUUCCAUCACAAGCUCCGGGCAACUUCACUGUGACUGCUAAGUCAUCUACUAGUCUACGAGCAUCGUGGGCAUCACUGCCAGAAUAUGCCAGACAUGGAACAAUAACAGGUUAUAAGGUGUUUUACAGACAGAAGGGCUCAGCGAACAAUUCAGUCGUGGAUUCUGUUAUUGGAGCAGGAAUUUUAAGUAAAGAUUUUUCUAAUCUUAACAAGUAUACCAAAUAUGAAUUUCAAGUGUUGGCCAUGGGAUCUCGUGGUGAGGGACCAAAAAGUCCUGUAAUGGUUGGACAGACACUGGAAGAUGCACCAAGUAUUCCUUCAAUUCUUUCUCACUCUGAGAUAAAACCAGAUAAACAAGUUGGUCCAAAGUUAAAGCUCACCUGGCAUAAGCCAGCAGAAGAAAAUGGAAUUAUCAAGAGUUACACUGUUUUUUAUAGUCAUGAUGAAGAUCCUCAUAAUAUUAACACUGAAACCUUAGGAGGAAACAUGUUAAGUUACACAGUAGAUGUGUUAGGUGGGGCCACCUAUCAGUUCCACGUCAGAGCUGCAACAAUCAAACCUGGACCAAAUGCAACCUUGUCUGUUACUAUUAAUGAUUAUGAACCCAGUGUAGCACCAAAUGAUGUGUCUUUCAGUAGACUGAACCAAACAACCUUCAAUAUUUCAUGGUCACCCCUGACAAGAAAAGAGAGUUAUGGCAAAGUUAUCUCAUAUGAGGUCAAGAUAUCAUUGGUGUCCUCUGGAAGUCGACAAAAGAGAUCUCCAGCCAACAGCAAAACUGUUAACACAACAAAAGCAUUUGUUAUCCUGUAUGAUAUUCAGCCUUGUUACAAUGUGUAUGUCCGAGCAUACACUAAAGCUGGCCCUGGACCAUAUGGUCAACCCUUACCUCUGGAAUUGAACAAAGUACCAAAGGCACCCAACAACCUGAGGGCAACAGACUCUCAGUCAACAGAGAUGACACUGGAAUGGGUGAGACCCCAACCUGCUAUGGAAGAAAAGUGGAAGGUUGAGUACUCUGGGAAAAAGUCUUACAACAACAGCUUUUCACACGAAGGUAGCAAUGAUGUACAGGGAACAACAAAAUAUACCCUUGAUAAUUUGGUACCAGGUACCAAAUAUGACCUUCGGGUGUAUGGAAUCUCAAAAUGUGGAAACAACGGAGUCUCCUCAUCUUUGGAAGUAGAAACAAAAAUAGGAGAGCCAUUGGCUCCAGUUUUACCAUCAUUGACCACCAGGAAGGUCGUUGAGUUGCAGGUUGAAAUUGAACUUUGGCCUGCAGAACAAAGGAAUGGUCCGAUAAGUGCUUACCAAGUCAUUGUUCUGAGAGUUGUUGAUGGACUUGAGGAGCUUCCCACUGAUUAUAAAUCACAGCUGAAUGGUUCAAACAAAGACGGAUUGAGCUUUUAUGUUGCUGCUGAGAUAGAAAACAGUCCAGUUCAUGAGAAGUCUUGGAAUUUUACUAUUGGUGACGGAAAUUCAUAUGGACUUUUUGUAAACAAAGAACUUAAGAGAGGAGAUGACUACAUUGUUUACCAGAGAGCCGUAACAGAAGACGAUGGUUACGUUUAUGGAGAGGUCAGCAAAGUAGCUAAGAUUUCUGUUGAAGCAGGGGCAUGUAUCGAUUUGGAUCUUGGUUUGGAAAACGAGAAAAUUUCAGAUGGUAAUAUAACCGCUUCUUCAGUACAAAAUGCUAGCACACCAGCCACGAAUGGUAGACUGAACUACACAUCAGGAUCAUCAUGGUGUGCAGGAACAAAUGAUACCAACCCAUAUCUACAGAUUGAUCUACAGACACUUCAUAUCAUCUGUGCUGUGUCUACUCAAGGGAAUUCUCAAGCAGAUCAGUGGGUGAAGACCUACAAGCUACAAUUUUCCAUAAAUGGGACAACUUGGACGGACUACAAGGAAGCUGGACAAGUUAAGGUCUUCAUGGGGAAUGAUGACAGAAACUCAGUGGUGAAGCAUGUUGUUUAUGAACUGCUGACAAGAUAUGUGCGUUUCCUGCCACAAACACACCAGGGUAGGGUGUGUAUGAGAACAGAGGUGUUUGGAGUGAAACAAAUGCCAGAGAACCUUGCCCUGAGGAAGGCUACAGCUCAGUCUUCAACAUUCAACAAUACUGCUGACAAUGUUUAUGGUGUAUCUGGAAACGCAGUGGAUGGAAAUCCUGACACUAACUUUUUAAAAGGGAGCUGUUCACAUACAACAAAAGAAAACCCCAGUUGGUGGAGAGUGGACCUGGGUUCAGACCAUGUUGAUGUCUCUGAAAUUCAUAUAGUCAACAGGUUCUCACAGCACGUAGUUACUGAAGACUACAAAAUAACAUUUGGUGGCUCUGAUGAUGUGUCACUUAACUCCCACUGUGGAGGACUCUAUGAUUUUCAUAACUUCACUGCAUCAGCUGUUUGUUUUACCAAUCCACUGAAAACUGGUAGAUAUGUAGGGAUUUUAACCACAAAGAAACAAAGUCUUCAGCUGUGUGAGGUAGAAGUCUAUUCACGAGAAAAUCUGGCAUUUCAAAAACCAACAUAUCAGCACUCAUAUGCAGUAGAUGGUGGCACAAGUGAUAAAGCAGUUGAUGGAAAUAGCAAUAUGAACUUUGCAGAUGGAUCAUGUACAUUUGUGGCACAUUCCAAUUUUCCAUGGUGGAGAGUGGAUCUAGGACAAGAUGAGUUUGUGACUGAAGUGUAUCUAGUCAAUAUAAAAGCUGUGACUCGCCUAUCAAAAUUUGAGAUCAGAACCCAUGAUGUGACUUGUGAUGCGACCCAUGAUGCAACCCAUGAUCCACCACAUGUUUCAAUCCUUGAUCAAAUUCAUGAUCUGAUGCAGUCUGAUCCGUUGUACACAUACAUACCUGUUCAAGGUUGUGCUCUACUGGUGCCUGGUUGCCCAAAGGAACUGAGUUUUAGCUUCAGGGAACUGAAAAACAUUGCCAUUUUGCUGAGCAGGGUGGCUGGCUGCGCUCUUUUCACUUUGUUUUCAAGUUGGAUUUGUUUAUACUUUUUAACAGUGAUUUAUUAUUAUGGUAUUCUUUCAGGCACAGUAUCAAGUAUUACUGAUACUAGUAUGACUAGUCCCAAAUGUGGUGGGGCAGCUACUCAUUACCUUCCUAAAGGAGUAGGUUUGUCAUUCUUCUGCCAUCCUAGUUUGAAAGGAAGAUAUGUCACCAUCAGGGAUGUUAGGGGAGGUCAUUCGGGAUUCAAUCUUUGUGAAGUUGAAGUGUAUUCAGAGCAGAGAGCAUGUCAUAGUCAGGCCAUUGGUGUGACCAGCAGUGAUGCAAUUCCAGAUGACAGCUUCUCAGCCUCAUCAUCUUAUAAUAAUAACCGCAGACCUUGGGUUGGUCGUCUGAAUCUAAAUAGCUGGGGUUGGUUACCAGAGACUAACACUAAUCCUGCUGACUACUUACAAAUUGAUCUGCUGUAUGAUUAUGUUAUCUGUGCUGUAGCUACCCAAGGAGCUGAUGGUGUUGAUCAGUGGAUAACAAAGUACAAGAUUCAGUUAUCAUUAAAUGAUACCAUCUUUUACAGUUAUAGAGAAAACAAUGCUGAGAAGGUCUUUAAUGGAAACUCUGGGAGAAAAGAUAUAGUAAAACAUAGUCUUGGGGAGUAUGCUUUGGCAAGGUUCAUCCGUUUUGUGCCAACAGAGUACUAUGGUUAUAAGGCAUUGAGAGUGGAAGUUUAUGGAGUUCUCCUAUCUACAGUUCCAUCACAAGCUGCAGGUAACUUCACGGUGACUGCAACCUCAUCUACCAGUAUAAGAGCAUCAUGGACAUCACUGCCAGAAUAUGCCAGACAUGGAAAUAUAACAGGAUAUAGGUUGUCUUACAGACAAAAGGGCUCAGUGGACAAUUUAGUUAUGGAGUCUGUUAAUGGAGUUGCAACAUUAACUAAAGAUUUCACUAAUCUUAACAAGUAUACCAAAUAUGAAUUUCAAGUGUUGGCCAUUGGAUCUCAUGGUGAGGGACCAAAGAGUUCUGUAGUGGUUGAGCAGACAUUGGAAGAUGCACCAAGUAUUCCUUCAAACCUUUCUCACUCUGAGAUAAUACCAGAUAAACCAGUUGGUCCAAAGAUAAAGCUCACCUGGCAUAAGCCAGCGGAAGAAAAUGGAAUUAUCAGGAGUUACACUGUGUUUUAUAGUCACAAUGAAGAUCCUCAUAAUAUUCACACUGAAACCUUAGGAGGAAACAUAUUAAGUUAUACAGUGGAUGUAUUAGGUGGGGCCACCUAUCAGUUCCACGUCAGAGCUGCAACAAUCAAACCUGGACCAAAUGCAACCUUGUCUGUUACUGUUAAUGAUUAUGGAACCGAAGCACCCAAUAACAUAAGAGCACGAAACCUUGACACCACAGAGAUAACCCUAGCAUGGGAAAGACCCCAGCUCGAUGUGGGGGAAGAGGUCAAAUACAGGGUGAAGUACUUUGGGACUAAGUCUUACAAUAAAAGUUUCACAGAUGAAGGCAUCGUAGAUGUGAAAGUGACAACAGUAUAUACUGUGGAGAAUCUGGUACCAGGAACUAGAUACAGAUUUCAGGUUUAUGGAAUCUCUGAAUGUGGAACAAAGGGGCCCGCUACAUACUUGGACGAAGAAACAAGAUUGAAGGCUCCAGUGGCACCAGCUGCAUUGAAAAUGACUACUGUAGAAAUCUUUGAUUUAACGGCUGAAAUUGAUCUGUGGCCUGCUGAACAAAGGAAUGGUCCAAUAAGUGCUUACCAAAUAAUCAUUCUUAAAGUCUCUGAUUGUGUGCAAGAGCUUCCCAGGGAUUUUGAUUUGAAGCUGAAAGAUUUGAACGACAAAAACUUGAACUUUUAUCCGUUUUACGUUGCUGCGGAAUUCGAAAAUGAUCCUGUACGUGAGAAGUCUUGGAAAUUUACAGUUGGUGAUGGGAAAUCGUAUGGAACUUUUAUCAACAAAGAACUGAGGAAAGGAGAAAACUAUUUUGCCUAUGAAAGAGCCAUAACUCGUUUCAAUGGUCAAAUUUUGGAAGGAUAUGCCAGUAAAGUGGCCUUGAUAUCUGUCACACCAGAGUCACUUAAAUAUACUAAAGAAACCAUAAAGGGAGAUGCCAGUGAGUGCCAAGUCCUUCGGGCUGCUGUCAUCGCUCUUUGUUGCAUUGUUUUCGUCUUGCUCAUUGUGAUUGGUGCGCUAAUAUGGCGGUUGAGACGAACUGAGCCUAACAAAAAAGCAACCACAGUAAACAGUGGUAUCCCUGCCCCAUCUGGUGGUCGUCAAGUGUCAGAGCCUAGUGUUUAUAUGGAACUCCACCCCAGGCCUUCGGAAGGGAAGUCACGUGAACCUUCUGAGUACCAGUCAUUGCAGGACACUCAAGUGACUUCCAAUUAUUACAAUGUGGGAUUCAAGAAAGAAAGGUCAGGGAAGAAAGACGGCGGAAUGUAGGAGAAUUCGCACAGUUGAAUACUUAAGUCUCCUCUUGACGCUUGAUUGAUCUAAAUUGAAGCCGCCCGGUAAGAUGUGGGUCUGUAAGCCCUAUAGACAGUUUGUUGUUGAAGAUUUGGUUUAACGAACAUCAGAACGUUCGUAAAAGCUAACCACAUGAUGAAUUUUCGUAAGAGACUAACUCUAUAAAGAAAUUUCGUGAAAAACCGACCGUGUAAUGAAACAAAGCAAGAGUUAGGAAAAAUUUUAUCUUGUAAAUGCAGAAUUGAACGCUUCUACACUGCAUUACUAUACUUAGCCUUUGUUGUGUACCUGAUGAUAUUCGACCACAUAUUAACGGGGCACGGAAACACACAAACCUUUAUACAAACUGUAGGAGUAACGCAUGACAACUGAAUUACCUGAUGUACUGGUAAUCGCUCAUUAUGAAUGAAAUUACAUGCAGUAGAAUGUAGAAAGGAAAAUUUUGAAAUAACUCUGAGUCACUUUUAGCCAUGUUGCUCUUAAGAGGAAACGAUUUACCCUGAAUUGUGGCCUAAAAAUUGGGUAAAAUGUAUGGGAAGUCGAAGAGAUGCUCAGC